AGCUUCCGGUUUGACUUUCUGCAGCUGCUUCUCAUGUGAUGACAUCUUCGCGAAAUUGGGGCCCUACUACGAUGGCUUUAGGAUGCACAAGAUGCGCGAAAGAUGUUCCGAACUCUUGACACGACUUGUGUUCACCCGGCCGGUGCUUUUUCACAGGACCCCUGCAGGCCUCAAGUUUUCGUUCGGCGUAUCAUGAAGGGAUCGCCGUCUCUGCACGGCAGUCUGUGGGACGUGACGCGAACACCGAGUGUGUUUCGGUGACAGGACGACGAGUCCGCUAGUUUCUUCCGUCAAAGACACGUCGUAACCCACGACGGCCGCCGUCAUGUAUUUUCCCAUACGGUGGCCGCAAGUGCUCAACAUCGACAGGGAGGCAAGCUCUACGUUGACGUGGAUAGCGUCGGACUACAACAGGACGCUGUUCGCCGUUCUCACCGAGAACAGCAUCGGCAUUUGGCUCGAGAAGCUCUGUGUUCAAAUUGCAUCUCAUGUUCGUACGAGCGAGUCACUCAGCAAGCAUGGCAGCAACUCUCGGCUGGUCUGGAAGCGAGACUCCUCAAUGCUGGCUGUCCUUACAUUCAAGGGACACAUACUCAUGUACAAAGUCGUGACUGAGGAAUCUCAACCACCACUCCUCGAACAAAUCGACAGCAACCAAGCCAACCUCAAGAGGGAGAGUGCAGAGCUCUUCGUCAAAGACCGUGUGCUGCCCGUUAAGUUGAUACCUACAUCUCAUCUUUCAACAUCGGCUGAUGUGGCCGGUGUGCUCAACUUUGGGGCCGAAGAGCUCUUGCUGUGCUGUGGCAGUGGGCUGAUGCUGCGCGUUGGCUGGGAUGCCGCCUUGCAUCAGGAGCUGACGCUCGACCUCCGUGACGUGCCAUUCCAUAGCGGAGCACCCUCUGCACCUAGACCAAGCCCGCACCGGGGCUCAUUGGAAGUGCGAGACGUGCAGUACCUGCCACUGCUCGGUGGACUGGCCAUCGUUUUUCGUAAUGGCCGUGCCGCUGUCGUCCUCAGUUCCAGUCCCGAGUUUGAGUCCAAGGAUGCGCAUGCUGUUUGGAUACCUGAUGUCACUGAAGCCACUGUGACAGCUGUGAAUCACCGCUACAGGCUAGUUGCCAUAGGACUGGCCAAUGGUCAAGGUGCUGUCUUUUACCUCGACGAAGCCAGUGGCCAGUUUGUGGCCUCGCACAAGCUUUGCUUGUCUCCUAAGGACUUCCCCGAGUCUGGGGCCGGUGCUGUGUCGCAGCUGCAAUGGACCCCAGAUGGCUGCGCCUUGGUCUUGGCUUGGGCCCGUGGUGGCUUCUCCCUGUGGAGUGUCUUUGGCUCUCUCCUGGCGUGCUCUCUCAACUGGGAUGGUGGGCCACCUGCCUGCAUUCAUGCUCUGGAAUGGGGCGUCGAAGGAUACCAGCUGUGGAUGGUGGCUUCCCCGAGUGACCACCCUGAGCAGCGUGAUGUCAUGCUGAUGAACUUUGUCAAGAGUGCCUCCACUGUCAACCCUGGAACUUGUGGUGGUGCUCGGCAAGUUUUGCUGCAAGGCUCCGACCGGGUGUUGGUCAGUUCGGAGUCCGACUUGGCCGAUCGAGACACGCCGUGGCCUCAGGACGGGUGCCGAGGAAACAAGCACUGGACUGUGGAGCUGGUUCCACACACGUACCUGGCAGCCAACUGGCCGAUUCGAUACUCUGCAAUAGACGCUGGCUGCCACCACGUCGCAGUGGCCGGCCGGGGAGGUUUUGCCCACUGCUCAUUAGCACACAACAAGUGGAAAUUCUUUGGCAACGAAACACAGGAGCAAGACUUUGUGGUUACCGGUGGCAUCCUCUGGUGGGAGUCGCUUGUCGUGCUCGGCUGUAUCAACCUGCGCGAUGGCUCUGACGAGGUGCGUCUGUACCCGCGUUCCUCAAAGCUUGACGACAUCUUCGUGCGGGUGCUGCGUGUCGACGCCCAGGUUCUGCAGCUCGCACUCUCGGAAGACCGGCUGCUCGUGUUCGCCUCCAACAGUCGCCUGGCACUCCACCGUAUCAGUCCACAGUGUGAAUGCCUGGAGCGCCUGCAGGAACUGGACUUGUCUGCUCUGGUGCCGCACCCACUGUGUGUGGUGUCGGCCACCUUGGUGCAGCUGGGCGGGGCACGUGGAGGCCCCUCCUCCAAACUAGCCGUACUGCUCAAUGUAGCCGGACGGCUGGUGCUGCUACAGCAAGACCCUGCCUCGGCGCCACCCCCGUUAGCCCCGCCCCGAGGGGCACCACCCCCGCUACUGCGCCAAUGGAGUGCCCCCACCGUGCUUGCCUUCUGCGUUGAGAGGGUCUGGGUGGCCGAGAGCUGCCCUGAGUCUCGAAUGCCGCACCUGACUCAGGCGCUGUGGAUUGCAUGUGGUGUCCAUGGUAUGCAGGUGUGGCUGCCACUGUUCCUGCCGGGCGACACUGCGGGUGCCAAGCAUGCCUUCAUGGCAAAGCGUAUCAUGCUGCCAAUUGCUGUCCAUAUCUACCCCCUCGCCGUGCUUUUUGAAGAAGCUGUGGUUCUCGGUGCAGAAAGCGACACAGCACUCUGCGGCAGUGACCCUUUUCCUCUUUGUGUUGUCUCCAAGUCAAGUCAAGUCUACUUGCAUCUAAUUCUUCGCCAGCUGCUUUGCCGCAACCUGGGCUACCACGCGUGGGAGAUAGCGCGCAGCUGCGCUGAACUGCCGUACUUCCACCACUCGUUGGAGUUGCUGCUGCAUGAGGUGCUUGAAGAAGAGGCCAUGUCAUCGGAGCCCAUUCCAGAUGCGCUGCUUCCACGAGUGAUUGACUUCAUCCGCGAGUUCCCGGUGUUUCUCCAGACAGUGGUGCAGUGUGCCCGCAAAACUGAGCUGGCACUGUGGCCUCAUCUGUUUGCGUCCGUGGGGAACCCCAAGGACCUCUUCCAGGAGUGCCUUCUGCAAGGACAGUUAGACACGGCCGCUUCCUAUUUGCUGGUUCUGCAGAACUUGGAAGUGCCUCUUGUCAGCCGUCAGCAUGCGACCCUGCUGUUGGGAGCAGCUCUCGAUGGUGCCCAUUGGGUCCUGGCGCGCGACUUGGUGCGCUUCUUGCGUGCCAUCAACCCCGAAGCAGACUGUUCGCCUCCGCGAACCUCAACUGGUCCUUCAACGGAUGAGGACACGGUGAACCAGGUGUUUAUGGAAGUCAUUCUGACACGGCAUGCCCGCAAGCUGCUGGGAGCGGGACAGUUGCGCAAGCUUGGCUCGUUUGCGGCACACCUCGACUUCCCUCUCCAGAACUUCCUUGAAAAAGAACGGCUGCGGGCGGCCAAGGUCGAAGACUUCGUCACGGCACUCAAAGCAGUGCACACAGAUUUCGAGUGGCCGAUGCCGGCCAGUCCUGUCACACCGGGGACCAGCCAAGUUGGUGGUGCGGGAGACGAGGAAGCCACGCACCCCACCUCCAUUGGAGGUCAACCACUUCGCAACGGAGGUAUGGAAGGCGCAGUGGUGACGCGUGGCUCGCCGGCCGACUCGGAGAGCACCUCGGAGGAAAGCUGGUGGCUCGAGGAAGACGAGGCAGGACUGCACGCGGCCAGCGUUGCCGAGCCUCGAGGCUCGCCACAAGUGGAGGCCCAGGCCAGGUACCUGCUUCACAUACUGGGACAGGCUCGAUGCUGCGACUGGGCUCUGCCCCUGGCUCUGAUGCUCGGCGACACCCUGGUCGCACCACUGGUGGCUACUCCGGAGGCACUGGACAAGCUGAUGCAGUGGGCGUUGGCCGAAUGUCCGGGUUAUGUGGGACUGCUGCGGCAAGUUCAAGGACGUGGGUCGGACACACCUUCCUCCAACGGUGCGGUUCAACGAAGCAGCCCCAUGGAGGCCCGCAGGAUGACCGCUGCCACCACCGUCGUUACCGAAGGACCAGAAGAAGGGUGCCGUGUGUCGUAGCGUCCCUGACAAAAGCCAUGUAGGUACAGUGCCAAGACAAACCAAAGGUGCUGUUCAUGCCAGUGGGAGAUGGCCAUGCUUCAAUUUGGGUGCCGGGCAGGCGGCGUGUGACUACGUACUCUUCCGCAGCUAGUGCAUGAAGGUGUCGGAUAACUUUAGUCGGGUGUGGAGGCUGACAGAAUCUGACUAGGCAGGCUUGAGCCUUCCAUUAAGAGACUGGUAGUACAGUUGAACCUCUUUAUAAGAGGCACUGAUAUAAGAGACAAAUGGGUAUAAGAGGCACCAGUGUUCCUACAGUAAAAUACAUAAUGAUAGGGAAAUGCAUACGAGGUCCCCUGCUUAUAAGAGACACCUCAUAAAAUACAAGAAUUGCUGCCCGGAGCAUGCCUCUUAUAAAAGGUUUUAACUAUAUAACCAUUGCAGUACGUAGCCUUUCCUGCAGACAUGCAGAGAAAAAAAAAAGAGAAAAGAGAAGGCACUUGUGGAUUGGCACGGCUCUAUGGUUAGCCAAGUACCUGGUACAAAACAAGCACUACAUCAUCGUUUAGGCAUGCUGAAAAGGUGCAAUGCAUGAGACUUGUUUUUCUAGCCACACCUCGCAUUUCACGGGACGCCUUUAUGCAGAGUAGCCGAAUUUCAGUCAUGUCGUCAUCCAUCAGAGCCCGUGUCUCGCACACUGUGGUGAAACCAAGUACUACUGCGUGGGCAUGACAAACUUGCAAGCAUAUCUCCGGGAAAUGUUAAACGCGGGCUUAUUUUCUCUCGCUGUCGACCAACUUGGUAGACAACCUGCUUUCAACGAGUCGGGCGCAUGGUCUUGUCACUCGUUAUAGACCUUCUCAGCAGCAUAGGCUGGCCCAGAUCAUAUGAGCUGCCACUGUCUUGCGGGCUUUGUUAUUGGUUCCACCUAAUCGUACGCAACAAAACUGCAGUGCAGCAUUCUCCAGCCAAGUCUCGCUCGGACCACAGAGUAUCGUACGGCUGUGAAAAAAAUAUCCUACGAGGCACCACCAGUGGGCUCGUAUUUCAAAUCUCCUCCUUGUUGUGCAUAGACCUGCACAUUACCUUCAGCGCUGUGACCGUUCUCCCGAAGACAGAAGCCCAAGCUAGCUAGGUGAACUGAUUUUAGUAUUUGCUGAUUGCUUUAUCUGCCUUAGUUCACAUUCCUUUCGAGGCAUCAAGUAAACUGCGACGAAGUCGGCGUUUUUUUGUUUGUUUUUAACUGUGUCGUUUGGCCCUUUUUUAUGAAAGCAACUGUGUGUGACUCUGAGACUGCUCAUUCGACGACGUGCCGUACUGCGAUGCCUGGCCUCGAGGAACUACGUACUACCGUACCUUCCAUUUCGUAAGCAACCAUGAAAAUCCAUCUAACUCGAGAGUCGUGUAAACAAGGGAAAUGUGUGCAAAGAAGAAAAAUGAACAAGUCCUGAUAUUGUGGGUAAUUUGUAGCAUAUAGGUGUGGUGAAUGUUUCGAACUCAUGUACAGUAUACAUAAACAAAUUUGUUUUUUAGU